GGAGGCCAACCCGGGCGGCGCUCGCCGCCUUGCGGGCCUCGGGUCCGCCUCCGCCGCGCCGAGGGCGUGGGCUCCGGGCUCCCGGAAGCGGCGGCCACGGCGUGGAGCCCAGCGGGCUGUCGGUCGCCGGAGCGACCAUGCGCGGCGCCCCGGGGGCUGCGAGCCAAGCGCGCCGGUGAAUGGCGGCUCGCUGAGACGGCGGCGGCCAGGCGCGGGCUCCUGCCGGCGUAGGGUGGCGGGGCCGGGGUGAUGCUGCUCAAGCUCCUGCAGAGACAGACCUAUACCUGCCUCUCCCACAGGUAUGGGCUCUACGUCUGCUUCGUGGGCGUCGUUGUCACCAUCGUCUCGGCUUUCCAGUUUGGAGAGGUGGUUCUGGAAUGGAGCCGGGAUCAAUACCACGUUUUGUUUGAUUCCUACAGAGACAAUAUUGCUGGGAAAUCCUUUCAGAAUCGGCUCUGUCUGCCCAUGCCGAUCGACGUGGUUUACACCUGGGUGAAUGGCACAGACCUUGAACUGCUGAAGGAGCUCCAGCAGGUCCGAGAACAGCUGGAGGAAGAGCAGAAGGCGAUGAGGGAAAUCCUGGGGAAGAACACGACAGAACCAACGAAGAAGAGUGAGAAGCAGUUGGAGUGUCUGCUGACGCACUGCAUUAAGGUGCCCAUGCUUGUUCUGGACCCGCCCUUGCCAGCCAACAGCACCCUGAAAGACCUGCCAUCUCUUUAUCCGUCUUUCCACGCCGCCAGCGACAUGUUCAACGUGGCAAAACCAAAAAACCCUUCGACUAAUGUGUCCGUUGUUGUUUUUGACAGUACUAAGGAUGUUGAAGAUGCCUAUGCCGAACUAUUUAAGGGAAGCAGCAAGCAGACAGUUUGGAGAGCCUACUUGACAACAGACAAAGAAGUCCCAGGCUUGGUGCUGAUGCAAGACUUGGCCUUCCUGAGUGGGUUCCCACCAACAUUCAAGGAGACAAGUCAGCUGAAGACAAAACUGCCGGAAAACCUUUCCUCUAAAAUAAAGCUGCUGCAGUUGUACUCGGAGGCCAGUGUUGCUCUUCUGAAACUGAACAACCCCAAAGGGUUCCAGGAGCUAAACAAGCAAACUAAGAAGAAUAUGACUAUUAACGGGAAGGAGCUGACCAUCAGCCCGGCGUAUCUGUUGUGGGACCUGAGUGCCAUCAGCCAGUCCAAGCAGGAUGAAGAUGUGUCCGCCAGCCGCUUCGAAGAUAACGAAGAGCUGAGGUACUCUUUGCGGUCUAUCGAGAGGCAUGCGCCGUGGGUUCGGAAUGUCUUCAUAGUCACCAACGGGCAGAUUCCAUCCUGGCUGAACCUCGACAACCCUCGGGUGACAAUAGUCACCCACCAGGACAUUUUCCGAAAUCUGAGCCACCUGCCCACUUUCAGUUCACCUGCCAUCGAAAGUCACAUCCACCGCAUUGAAGGGCUGUCCCAGAAGUUCAUCUAUCUAAACGACGACGUCAUGUUUGGGAAGGACGUUUGGCCGGACGACUUCUACAGUCACUCCAAAGGCCAAAAGGUGUAUUUGACGUGGCCUGUGCCCAACUGUGCCGAGGGCUGCCCGGGCUCCUGGAUUAAAGACGGCUACUGUGACAAGGCCUGUAAUAAUUCAGCCUGUGACUGGGAUGGCGGCGACUGUUCUGGUAACAGCGGAGGGAGUCGCUUUGUUGCAGGAGGUGUGGGUACCGGGAAUAUUGGCGUCGGACAGCCCUGGCAGUUUGGUGGAGGAAUCAACAGUGUCUCUUACUGCAACCAAGGGUGUGCAAACUCCUGGCUCGCCGAUAAGUUCUGUGACCAAGCCUGUAACGUCUUGUCCUGUGGUUUUGAUGCUGGUGACUGUGGACAAGAUCAUUUUCAUGAACUGUAUAAAGUAACUCUUCUCCCGAACCAGACACACUAUGUCAUCCCCAAAGGUGAACACCUGCCUUACUUCAGCUUUGCCAAAAUCGCCAAGAGAGGAGUGGAAGGCUCCUACAGUGACAAUCCGAUAAUCCGGCACGCGUCCAUCGCGAACAAAUGGAGAACCAUUCAUCUCAUACUGCACAGUGGGAUGAACGCAACCACGAUCCACUUUAACCUCACACUCCAGAACUCCAACGAUGAAGAGUUCAAAAUCCAGAUAACAGUGGAGGUGGACACAAGGGAGGGGCCGAAACUGAACGCCACAACCCAGAAGGCCUAUGAAAAUUCGGUUAGCCCGGUGACACCUCUUCCCCAGGCCGAAAUCCCUUUUGAAGAUGUUCCCAAAGAGAAACGCUUCCCCAAGGUCAGGAGACAAGAUAUAAACACCACAGGGAGAUUCCAGCAGGAGGUGAAAAUCCCCCUGGUAAAUAUUUCACUCCUUCCGAAGGAGGUCCAGGUGAAACUGAGCAACUUGGACCUGCAGCUGGAGCUUGGAGACAUCACCCAGAAAGGAUACAACUUCUCCAAGUCAGCCCUGCUGAGGUCUUUCCUGAAGGGCUCACUAGAUGCUAAAGGAAAACCUCCGUCUAGAAGGACCGACGAAACAAAUGACCGUCUGGAGGCCCCACAGGAAAAGCCCUCUCACAGAAGCCCAGGUGGCUUUGUUGGUGGUCAGAGAGCAGAGAGACAGACAUCCCCAGUGGGGACAGUGGACACGAAUGGCCGUGACCCUGGUUUGAAUCCACCCCCGGUCUUGGAGAGCAAUGCAAGAUUUAAGUUGGAAACUCAGGCCCCACGUGCACCAAGCAUGAGUGUAUCCAGAGAAGACCUCACCGGGAAAGAGGAGGCAGGAGGCGGAGCGGAGGGCGAAGCUGACAGCCCCAUAGCUGUAGAAGAAGUAGUUCCUGGAAGGCGGCUGCAGCACUACACGGAGACUUACCCAGGCUUUUUGCCUUGGGAGAAAAGAAAGUAUUUCCAAGACCUUCUUGAUGAGGAAGAGUCGUUGAAGACACAGUUGGCAUACUUGACCAACAGCAAACGUGCAGGACGGCAGCUGAAAGACACGUUUGCGGACUCGCUCCGAUACGUCAAUAAGAUUCUCAACAGCAAGUUCGGAUUCACGUCCAGGAAAGUGCCCGCCCACAUGCCCCACAUGAUCGACAGGAUUGUCAUGCAAGAGCUACAAGAUAUGUUCCCUGAGGAAUUUGACAAGACUUCAUUUCACAAGGUGCGCCACUCGGAGGACAUGCAGUUCGCCUUCUCAUAUUUCUAUUACCUCAUGAGUGCAGUGCAGCCCCUGAAUCUUUCCCAAGUCUUUGAUGAAGUAGAUACAGACCAGUCUGGUGUCUUGUCGGACAGGGAGAUCCGAACGCUGGCUACCCGGAUCCACGAUCUGCCUUUAAGCUUGCAGGAUCUGACAGGUUUGGAACACAUGUUAAUAAAUUGCUCAAAAAUGCUUCCUGCCAAUAUCACUCAGCUGAGCAAUAUUCCACCAACCCAGGAAGCAUACUACGAUCCCAACCUGCCGCCAGUCACUAAAAGUCUUGUCACCAACUGUAAACCAGUAACCGACAAAAUCCAUAAAGCGUAUAAAGACAAGAACAAGUAUAGGUUUGAAAUCAUGGGAGAAGAAGAAAUCGCUUUCAAGAUGAUUCGCACCAAUGUUUCUCAUGUGGUUGGCCAGCUGGAUGACAUAAGGAAAAACCCCAGGAAGUUCGUUUGUCUGAACGACAACAUUGACCACAAUCACAAAGACGCCCAGACGGUGAAGGCUGUUCUCAGGGACUUCUAUGAAUCCAUGUUUCCUAUCCCUUCCCAGUUUGAGCUGCCGAGAGAGUAUCGGAACCGUUUUCUUCAUAUGCAUGAGCUGCAGGAAUGGAGGGCAUAUCGAGACAAGCUGAAGUUUUGGACCCACUGCGUGCUAGCAACACUGAUUAUAUUCACUAUCUUCUCGUUUUUUGCUGAACAAAUAAUUGCCCUUAAACGGAAGCUAUUUCCCCGGAGGAGAAUACACAAGGAAGCUAGUCCAGAUCGAAUCAGGGUGUAGAAGUUCUUUGUUUGCAAUCACCUACCUCAGCGUCUCCUGCGCAUCUCACACCUCACCAUCAGGGGGUGUCUGCAUGAUGUGAUGCAGACACAGGCAUGUCCCCAUGAUGCAGUGCAGAUACGGGGUGUCCCGUGAUGUGACGCACAGACACUGGGGUGUCCUGUGAUGUGAUGCAGACAUUGGGGUGUCCCCAUGAUGUGACGCACAGACACUGGGGUGUCCUCAUGAUGUGACACACAGACAUGGGGGUGCCCUCAUGAUGUGACACACAGACACGGGGGUGUCCCAUGAUGUGACACACAGACACGGGGGUGUCCCGUGAUGUGAUGCGCAGACACGGGGGUGUCCUCAUAAUGUGAUGCGCAGACACUGGGGUGUCCUCAUAAUGUGAUGCGCAGACACGGGGGUGUCCCCAUGAUGUGACGCACCAACACUGGGGUGUCCUCAUAAUGUGAUGCGCAGACACGGGGGUGUCCCAUGAUGUGAUGCGCAGACACGGGGGUGUCCCAUGAUGUGAUGUGCACACACGGGGGUGUCCCCAUGAUGUGAUGUGCAGACACAAGGAUGUCCCCGUGAUGCUGUGCACUGACACCGGGGUGUCCCAUGGCGUGACACAGACACAGGGUGUCCCCAUGACGUGACACAUGGAUGGCCUGCUCGGAAGAAGGGACAGCGUGCAGACCGUGUUCUCCUGCAGCAUGAAUAGAGCCCACUGCCCUGGAAUUAUCAGCACACUGAGACCUGGCGUUGGCUUGUACUUUUAAGGGAUUUGCCGAAGGAUCUGUCAGCUUGUUGAUGGACCCUCGCUGACAAGCUGCCGGUUUCCUCCCACAGUUCCUGUGGCCUGGGAACAAGUGCUGAGGGACCCCAGGCUUUGCAUUCCGAAGUCCUUUGGCCCUAACUUUCCACCUUUUUCUUCUUUUCCUUCAUUUCUCAUUUUUAAAAAUAAGUAGCGACUAAGCUGUCCUCACUUCUGAAAAUAACGAAAUCAGAAUGUCCAAAUGUUUGUAUAGAUCUUAUUUAAAUAAUGUAGAGCUAUCCUUUCCUUUUAGCAUAUCUAAAUUAUUGAUUUUUAUGAGCCUUCAAGCAGUCUUGAAUCACUAAUGACUACUGCAGACCUGGGGGGGUUGAUGUUGGCAGCACUUUGUUUAACCUAGCCCCCAGGAUGCCGGGAUUUCGUCGGCAGGCCUGAUUGCAAAGGGCUAGUGUCAAGCACCGAUGCUACUCACCAGAUGUGGUCAUGUCUUGGCAAUGGACACACUCAAACAAAAGUGCCUCACUUUGGAAAUGAGUAGUGCCGACGGCACCAGCACGCGGCGCUGGCGUCCAGCUGAAAAUCCGUCUCUCUCAGCAGCUCACUUUCAGCCUGCCGUGCGGGAACAGCGGUCAGCCAGCUUUUUCUAAAAGAACAGAGAGCGGAUAACUUGAGACACAAGCUGUCUUUAUCAGACAGUCUUCUUGGCUUAAUUUUUUUUUGUUUGUUAGGUUUGGGGGGGUUUCUUUUAUUUUUGUAAACAGCCCAAUAGAACCAGCUUUAGCUCACAGCUGUACAAAAACAGGCCCCAGCCAGACUUGAACCACAGCCUCAUUUUUAUGUAAACCCCAACAUUAGCCAUGCUCCGUUAUAUCAUUGUAUAGUGGUUUUGUGAGGCCCUGAUUCCAUGAAUCCGCUCUGAAUUCUGACAGAUAGCUCCAAUCAUGAUUUCAAUGGUGUUCUUCCCAAAUGGCACACACUUUUGUAAUAAGAACUUGAAAUGUAAAUACCAUGUUUGUGCUGUAAAUUCUGUGUAUUUCAAAACCGAAAUCUCAUAAAAAGAUCACAUUUACUGA